AAUAAGGGUUGACGAAUUUGAAAUUGCAAUUAAUUAGCUAGGGUGCUAACUAGAACAACAGGUUUCUACAGAAUUAAACUAGUCUUGAGUUCUUCGAAAAGUGAACUUGUUCAGUUCGCACUGUCCUGCGCUAGCAAAAGCAGAGAGCUGUUUUAGCUAACUUUAGCUAAUCACACCGGUUUUAGGCUGGCAUGUGGACGUUCGUGCAAACCAGCAGAGGGCCACUCAGGUUUCCUUGAUAUUUAUUAGACUGCUUAAAAAUCCGUUUCAAUCAGUGAAGUGAGUUUUGUGUUUACAGAAAGGCAUAUUCAGGUAAAAUGAACCAGGAAGAAAUUUUGGCUCAGCUGAAGAAGGAUGUUCGCUCCUUGCUCGUUUCCUCCAAGAGGGGUUUGGAGCCAGAUGAGCUCAAGCGAGAAUACCACACCAUGAUGGGGCAGCCAAUGCCCCUGAAACUCCUGGGCUUCAGAAACAUUUUGCAUAUGGCUGAGGAGAUGCCUGACGUGGUGUCUAUUAACUUUAGAUCAGAUGGCAGCACAUUCUUUAAAGCUAUCAGCGACGAGUUUACUCGAAACAUUGAGGAGCUGGUGGCCAAGCAGCGCUCUAAGCCAGUCAAAAAGGUCAGAAGAGGAGGUGCCAGCUGCCUUUUACCCCGCCCUGUGAUUCUCCCUAGAAGAGGUCCUGUGCCUCCAUCUGUCCCUGCACAGCUGAGGGCACAGUUCCGAAUCCUGCUGUCCCAGGGUCCCAUUAGGUUGUCUGACUUGGAGUGCUGUUACUUGCGCUGCUUCGGCCAACCGCUGCACUUUUACAACUAUGGGUUCUUCUCCACUGAAGAGAUGCUGGGGUCAGCGGCAGACCUGUUUGUCAUUAAACAGAGCAGGUUUGGCUCACUUCUGUCCCUGAGGGAUCAUAUGGUCCCUAAGCCACUGCUCAGACCAUCCAGUUCAUCAAAGAGGACUGCACUGUUAAAGCCAGCAUUACUGAGGACUGGCAGUCCAGAUUCCAAAGUGCCAACGAGACCUCCAGCUGAAGUUCCAGAGAAGCCGACUUCUCAGAACCAGUCAUCUACGCAGGCUUCUUUGGACUCUGUCCAUAAUGAGGCAGCACCUGUCAGCAGCAAGUUGGUGAAGGCUGAGAAGAAUCAGGAAGCCAAACCCCAACUUCCCCCAGAGGGUCAGCUCUUUGAUAAAUGUGUCCUCGAGCUGGAGGAACAGCUUCGUCAGCAGAUUCUGGAGAAUGGAGUUGCUGGCACCAUUAGUCAGGAGCUGAAAGACAAGCUACGAGCGGUUGUAGGUCAAACAGAUGGUGGAUUAUCAGUUCACAAACUGCCGACUGAGUACAAGAGGCUUUUUGGUGAGGACUUGCCUCUGCAACAGAACGGCUUUGUUAGUGUCACCGAACUUGUCGAUGCGAUGGGUGACACUUUCCAGCUGAAACCAGCAGGGGGUGGCAGUGGACAAGACUGGAUAAUCAGGAACAUACAUGGCAGUGCCAAUAUACAGUCGGACUCAGAAGAGAGAGAGAGUUUUAAUGAUGCUCAGAAGUUGCCAUUGAAGAGCUGGCAAGUAGACGGUGAUCACGUCACAGUAGAUGAUGAGAGCAAGGAGCUGGAGACCAGUAAUAAGACCAAAGAAAUGAUAUCUGAAAUGUACACUAUGAUUCAGGGGCGUCACAGCCCUGCUGUGCCCCUCGAUGCCCUCCAAAACCAGCGUCUCAAACCACCAACGCGCCAUCCUGCUCGAGAGCUGGUAGCAGUCUUGGUGGAAUGGGUGGAGUCGCCUGGACAUUUCUACAUUCGCUUCAGUGAGACUGAGGAGGCCCGAGCUAUGGAGGACAUGAUGUUUGAGAUGAGACGAUGUUACCACUACCCUCAAGUGUUGGAGCGCUAUCGCCUUCCCCAGCGAUUUGUUCGACGGGGUCAGGUCUGCUGUGUUUCACCAGCUGGAAUGUGGUUCUAUCGGGUAGUGAUCCACAAGGUGAUCAACCCCACUCAGGUGGAAGUGUACUACGUUGACUUUGGUGAUGUGAUGGUUGUGCCAACCGCCAACCUCAAGUUUCUCAAGUCAGCUUAUUCGGUUCUUCCAGUGCAAGCUGUUCCAUCUUCACUUGCUGGAAUUAAACCCACCUCUGGUUGCUGGACUCUUGAGGCAAUAGCUGAAUUCAAGAAACUGUCCUGUGUUCGCACCCUGGUGGGUGCCCUGGACUGUUACAGUGGAGAUGUGCUUCAGCUCUACCUGUGUGACACACAUACUGAUGAUGACAUUUAUAUCCACUCUGUCCUGCUGAGCCAAGGCCAUGGGACACCCUGCAGCCCUGCAGAUACUGCAGCAGUGUCUGUUCAGGACACACUUGUGAGUCUCUACUUGGGAGAGGGAAUGUUUGACCUGCCAGAUGUGGAGGAGGAAAUGAUUUCAUCCCACAAGCAAGGAGAUGCUUCCAUAAUGGACGCACUAAAGGUUGAAGACGAUGAAAUGCCCGGCCUGGAGUAUAUCGGGGAUAGUAAGGUCAUCUACAACAUCCAGACACCAAGUGUGACUUCUCCACCAAUUCCACCUGUCAGUAAUCCCACGGCGGUGACACCAGAGGAGGUGCUGUGCCAGCCUAAGGAUUCUGCCCCCUCAGUGGCCACACCACCUCCAAUCCUGAGCACCCUGAGCCUCCACACUGCUGCCCUGGGCCAAAUCCAGGAUGGUACUUGGGGUGGACCCAUUUCUCCCUGUCACCCUUGAAACUGUGGCAUCAUGUUUCCUCUGUUUGGGACCGAAUAGGCUGAGACUGUUGGAUCCAAUGCAAAAGGACUCAACUGACUACAUAAAUGACUCAGAAUAAAUGUGGAGCAUUUCUCUCCUAAUAACUAUACAUGUGAUAAUCUAUCUUGUCAGCCUUUAUCAGCAAGGACUUGAGUUUAUGUACUGACUUGUACAACUUGUGGGCAGUGUUAUUUUUAAUCCAGAAAAGUUUAACUAUGUUUGCCUUCGUUUAAAGGUUUGAUAUUUGUGUAACUGGAAUAGUAUGGUAUACACAUACAGAAAGUGGAUGGAUCUUUAAUAUAUGUGAAUACACUUAUAUUAAAGCACUUAAAGUAAAGUUCUUAUUUAAAAAAAAAAAAAGUUUUAUAAUUUUCUCAACCCAUCA